CCAUCUUUGACUUUUCCAGUCAAAGAUGGUAAACUUUGACCAAUUAUUUAAACUAAUAUAUUUAUGCAAAAUUUAAUAAUUUUAUACUUUUAUGAUAGUAUUUUUAACAAAGAAAUUUUUCAUAUUAUUAAUACUUUCUCUAUAUAAACAUAUAAUCGGUCAAAGUUAGACUCCAUUGACUUGAAAAGUCAAGAUUGGCUAAGUAAAAUGGGACGGAGGGAGUAUUACAUUUAUUUUGAUUUUUUAACUUUGUAAAAUUUAUAUAUUGAUUGAAUUUAGAUUCUUUACAUUAUAUCAAAUUUUUAUUUUUUUCCUUUUUUCAUUUAAUUUUUCGCUUAAUUUAAAGCUAUUUCAAACUUUUCCCAUUUUUAAUUUUGAUUUUUGUAUUUCCAAAUUUUCUCUAUGUUUGUUAACAUUUUUCUGAUUUUUUUUUCAAAUUUUCUCAUAUUUUAGUAUAUUCUAAUUAUUUUCAUCUUUUUACACUUUAAUAAAUAUUUACAUCUUUUCAAUUUAAAAAGUGAGUAUAGCCGUUCUUGGUGGUCGUAGAAAUUUAACAAAUAUUGUAAAGAGAUAUUCUAAAAAAAGUGUAGAGAGAUAGCCUACAAGACACGCACUGAAUCGUUCUUUGGAGCAUAGGUUCCAGUGGGUUGGUUCCGUAUAUGGUCUAUUUUUGAAAGAAAAAAAUUAGUGGUCUAUUUUUGAAAGAAAAAAAUUAGUGGUCUAUUUUUGAAAAGAGUUUUGAAAACCGAACAGAUUGUAAUUACUUUUGCUUUUUAGUCUACUUGUGAAAAAACCCCAAUUAUUAUAAGAAUAUGAAGAUCAAAGCCCAAAUUCGAAGGUCACCGGCCCGAAUUGACAAAUCUGAUGAAGAACAUAACGUUGCGUACCAUCGGGCUUGGGGAACUGGCCUUCCUUUGUUUUAUUUUGAGGGACUGGUGUACUCUUUUCCUUCAUUAGGAUUUAUUCUCAUUGGGAUUUUUAUUAGUAGGGUUUUAAUGAGACAUCCCCUCAUCAUAAACAAAGGAAGGGAUCUUCCUUGUUGGACCAAGGAAUACCUCGGGCUGCUAAUCGGACAACCAAGACCUCGGGUUGCUACAUAGACAAGGAGGGUCUUAUCCGUACACAAGCAAUGGGAUCAUAGCGGGCAAUUACACGAUUGACCUUUUUCGGGCACACCUCGUAUCGUAAUUAUCAGCAGAUAGCUAUGCAACUAGCUAGCUAGCCCGACAACCGGGCCACUUUCAAAGCAGCUCAACUACCCCCUUUUAUCCAAGUCUACUACUUGACUAAGGGAGUGGGGGACCAGUGUUGGGAUAAUGAGCCGGGUCCGGUACUAUCGACCCGUUAUGCCCGAACUUAGGCCCAACCUGGCCCAGAACAAAGUCUGACUAACGGAAAUCGACCCCUGUUCAUUUACUUAUUUAUCGGGUCAACAGGCUCAUUAGCUUCGGUACAUUUUUAUUAAUUUUGGCCAAGCUCACGUAGAUAAGACUUUGGACUUGUGAUGGAUGCCUAUAAAUAGGCCAUCAUCCUCCCAACAUUUAUUGAAGUGCUACUGCUUUCUCUCUCAAGCUAUUUCCUACCAACAUUACUGAAUUACAAUAUAAAUAGAUUUUGAGAGUAAAACAACGAACCUUUGUCAUUUUAUAUCUUGAACAAGAAUUAGUUUUCGCCACAUAUCUAUUGUUUUAUAUAGUAAAAUUGAGUUAUAAAAUAUUUAAUAUCUAAAUCAUAUGCAACAAUACAUUGCAUUGUACUACAUAUAAAAAUAUGAUACAAAAGUUUCCUAUAUAUAGAUUAUAUAAUAUGAACGUCGUCAAAUGCAUUACAUUUUUUUUAAAUACUCCAAGAAAAAACAAUAAUAUACUUCAUACGAUCCAAAUCAUUUUGCAAAAAAGAUUUACGAGUUUUGAUUAAGCAUAAAUUUAACCUUUUUUGGUCAUUUUUUAUGUUAAUCAUAUCAAUAAAAAAUUGUAUAUCUUGAAAUCAUAUUAGAAGUUGGGGGUUUUGCAUAAAUAUUACUAAAAAAUAUAGAUUGAAUAAAAAAGAGAUAGGUAUUCUAAAUUUCCAAAAUGUGAUAAAUAAGCUUUCAAGUUGCCAAAGUACUCCCUAGGGACUUUAUCUCACCGGACCCAACAUAGUGACCACCGACCGCCCAAGAGAGAAGUGCACAUCGUCCUGGCCCUCGGCUUCUUCAGAUAUCACUUGUAUGGAGAUAAGGAGGAUGACCUCCAACUCUGGCCGAGGAUGACCACCACCUUUGAGGAGGCCGAUGGCCCGGAUUUGGGCAUUCCUGCUGAGGCCGAUGGUAAUUUUCCUUCGGCUUUCUGUCUUUACGUUUUGUCCUUUGCCUUACUAAUCUGUUUGUUUUUCCUUUGUAGACUUUGUCAUGGACCGGCGUUCCAUAAUGGCCGUUGCUAAGGCCAAGGCGGCCGAAGAGCUGGCUGCUAAGGCGGCCGAGGCGGCCCGACGUGCCGCUGCUGGUGGGAGCGGGGCUACUGCUGACGCGGCCCCAAAGCCUGCCCCGUCCAAGAAAAAGAGACCGGCCACUGACGGCCAGAAAAAGUUGACCAAGGCCGGCGUGAGCGUCUCUAAGAAGACGAAGAGGGCUCCUUCCCCUUCUCCGGCUAGUGAGGCCGGUACGCUUACUGUCCCCAGCGUGGGCGAUGGUGGUCCCGUCGUGGACCUUACUGUUGCUGAUGAUGCCGCCCCAGCGCUUCCUCUCGUUCAGGAACCACGGACGCAGAGGGCCGGCAAGGAGAUUGCCGGUGCCACCUAUCAGAAAGUGAUAGAGUACCCCGUCGGCGGGGGCGUGUUUAAUGAGCUCGUCCCCGGCCACGUCGUCCUGGCCAAGGCCAUGCCGGCCAAAGAUCGGGCUCAUUUGAAGAAGCUCGAGGACCCGAAGAUUUAUGAGGGCGGCAUGGAUCUCCUCGUCCAAAGUGCCUUCAUGCUUAUGGAAAGCCAUAAGAGGCAGUACUGGGAGAUAGCCCGCCUGCAAGCGCUGGAGCAGAAGGCUGCCUCGGCCGACGAGGCGGUAGCUUGCCUUGACCGGCUCCGGGAGGAUGCCAAGGCGCUGCAGGCCAAAGCUGAUGAAGCCGUCGCGGCCAGGGACGAUGCCCUGGUCAAACUCGAAGAGAGUAGAAGGGAGCUCGCGGAGUCCCACAGGGCGCUUGAGGCCGAGAAGCGCCGGAGCGAGGAGGCCGCCAAGGCGAAGGCUGAGACCGAGGCCGCCGUCGUGAAGGCUGCCGAUGAGGCCGUCGAGAAGUUCUUGGCCGAGGGGUGGAAGGCCGAUGAGAGGCUCCCCUGGUGCUACGAAGUGGUGGCCGCCAGGCUUGAGAAUUGGGGGAUGAACUCCCCUGCCGGCCGGGAGUAUUUCAGCCGGGAGAUGUCCGUUUAUUACAACCUGGACCAGGAGCGCAUGCAAAGGCUCCUGUGUCGGCGGCUAUCCCGGGCGUUGAAGGCUAUGAAUUACACGUCUGGAUGGGCUAGACGGAACCUGAAGCUGCCAAAGCUGAUGAAGGAUCCCGAAGAGCAGGCCAAGCUUCCGCUGUCGGAACGGGAGUCCCCCAUAGAAAGCUCCGGCCUCGGCGAGCCGGACUACACUGAAUUUGACUUUUUAGAUGAUGCCACCAGCGCCGCUGCCGGCCAAGAAGCUGAGGACGAAGAGGGAGCUGAUGAGGCCGAUGAGACAGCCGCAGACGGUGAUGCCCCCGAAGCUUGAUAGAUUAUUCAUUUGUAAUUAGCGUUUCAAUAUUUUGCCAAGUGGUGUAACG